AAAUGACACAGACUAUCUGCUCACAUCUACAAAGGGACUACUAGUGAGUUGGCAGACAAACUCAGCACCAAACAUUUUACCAAGGCUGAUUCAAGGAGGCUAAUCAAAGAGGACCAUGAACAGCAGCAGCUGUAACAGUUCAUUUCAAAGAGAACUGUUAGCUCCUAUCUACAGUGUGGAGAUGUGUGUGGCACUGGUGGGGAACAUACUGGCACUGUGGCUGCUUGUGAAUAAGGAGAAGAAGAAAUGGCACAUGGGAGUGGUGUUCUCCUGCAACCUGAUCAUCAGCGACAUCUUUUACGCCCUCAGUCUCCCACUUCUUAUUGACUACUAUUCAAAAGGACGGGUCUGGAUAUUUGAUAAUGCACUCUGCAAAAUACAGCGCUUUCUCUUCACCUGUAACCUCUACGUCAGCAUUUACUUCAUCAUGUGCAUCAGUGUUCAUCGAUACCUGGCCAUUGUUUGUCCAAUCUUCACACACAAACACAUUCGACCGAAACAUGCCAAGAUCGUCAGUCUGUUCGUCUGGAUCUUUGUGGCAAUCAUUUCAUCCCCAUUCCUCUACUUUUCAGGUUUGAAGCACAGGAAAUGUUUCUUAUUUGCAGAUAAUAGCAGUCCUACUUACAGGGUGUUUAUGGCUGUCAUGGGUUGUUUGGUCCCAUUUGUUGUUACUUUUGCAUCAUAUUUUGGUUUAAUAAUGGCUGUUAAAAAUGCAAAUAUCACCCCACUGCAGAAGAAAAAAGUGGCCCUGAUUGUGGGUUUAGGCUGCCUCCUGUACGCCGUGUCUUUUGUCCCCUAUCACAUUCUGCAAAUAUGGAAUUUUAAACUGUGGGCAGAAAAUAAAUUUAAUUGUUAUGUGCGUAAUGGAUACCAAGUGUCAAAAGCAUUAGCCUGCCUGAACAUGUGUCUUCAUCCCAUCCUGUACAUGGCUGUGUUUGACAGCAUCAGGGCAGUGUGCUGCAGAAGGACAGCAAAUUAAUCCAACUUGUGAAAUCAUCAGUUGGACUUAUUAUUAAAAAACAGCUCCUUAAAGUAUCCAGAAUUUGUGGGGGGUUUUUUUGUUCUUAAUGCGUUUAAUCACACAGUUUCCUUAAGGACCCAGUGUGGCACUGUCUAUAAGUCCAUUAAGACUGUCAAGCCGAAGCUGAACUUAAAUCUAUUACCAUGUUAAAUUGCAAAGACAGUACAUUACCCUCUUGCGUCACACUUGCGUAUUUUCCAGCGUUUUAAAUAUCAUGAAACAAUAGGAUUUUCUUUUUAAACAUGUUAAAUGUUGAAGAAAGAUCAGAACAUUUUGAGUGCUUACCAAGUCAAAACUGGGUUACUUUUUACCAACCUCAAUGCUACUGCUGGGUGUAAAAUUAUCCUCCAAUAGUGUGACAAUGAAACGACCCAGACAGCAGAGUUGAUGUGGUUAGAAACUGACCCAUUUCAUCAACUAGACCACGAUAUGGAGUGAAGGAUGUAGUAGACGGACUAUAAACAGUUUUGAACUCACAUUUGUUUUUGUAAGGUGCAUAAAAGUGUUAAUUGUAGUGCAGUUGUAAUAUACAGAAUACAUAAUGUAAAAAUUUUUACUGAAGGUUAGAAAAGAAUGUUAAAUAAAUGCAUUGAAUAUAACAUGCAGGCUUUUUUCAUGUUUUAACUGCAUUUAACUUAUUUUUUAAACAUCUUUGUAGCAAAGUUAUAGGAGCAAUCAUUAGCUGAGAUAAUACAACAGAGUCUUCAGUAACUGGAUACAGCCUUGUAGUGUUACACAGGAAAAUCUACUCACUUGUGGGCAUCCGGCUCAGAAACUGAGAACAGACUGUGUAACAGUAAUACUGUUGAGUAAUUCAGCACUUCC